ACCCACGUCCACUAUUAUAACGUCGAGGACUCGCUUGUGGAUAUAGCUCGGAUAUAGCUCGGAUUCUAGCACAGGUGUUUGGAUUUUGGGACAUUCUUCCGGUCAUGAAUCGGGGUUCUUUGCCCGCCGCUGCUUUUUUGCUACUUAUAUUCACGGUUUUAGUGUCGGUGGUGGAGGCACGUCAUUCCACUGGGCUAAGGAGACACAAGAGGGAAUGGAUCAUCCCUCCCCAGAAACUAGAUGAAAAUGUAGACUACACCAAGAAAGAGUUUAUCGCCAAGAUCCGGUCAGAUUCAGACGAUGGGACUGGUAAUGUGCAGUACUCUCUAACUGGGGUGGGAGCUUCUAAAAUCCCCUACCACCUGUUCAUAGUGAACCCUGACACCGGCUUUGUAAGCAUCACUGGUAUCCUGGACCGGGAGACUAUCGCCAUGUACAAUUUGUCAGGUACCGCUAAGUUCACUAAUGGCAAUGAAGCAGAAAAGAACAUUGAUUUGAGGAUCCAAGUUGUGGAUCAAAAUGAUAACCCUCCUAUUUUCGGUGAUAUUAACCCAGGAGAGGUGUACGAGCUCAGCCCAAAAGACACGUCCAUCAUGACAUUGACUGCAACAGACGCUGACGAACCAGGGAAUGAGAACUCUAAGAUUGCCUACACCAUAAUUAAACAGGAGCCUCCAGGAGAGAGCAUGUUCCACAUCACCAAGGAUGGAGUACUGAAAGUAAAACAGCCCACACUGGACAGAGAGGUGCAGGACUGGUACAUGCUGACAGUGAAAGGUACAGAUCUAUACGGUAGACCAGAGGGCAACACCGGCACCGGAACCUUUAGAGUCAACAUCAAGGAUGUGAACGACAAUCCUCCCACUCUGGAGAAAGAUGAGUAUGAGGGCAGUAUUGAGGAGAACACAGAGAACGUGGAGGUGAUGAGGUUCAAAGCGGAGGACAUGGACAUGGAGAACACUCCUAACUGGGCGGCUCAGUUUGAAAUUGUCAAGGGAAACGAGGCUGGCUACUUCAGCAUUGAGACAGACCCCAAGACCAACGAGGGAGUUCUGAUACUCAAGAAGGCUGUAGACUAUGAAGACGUCAAACACCUUGAGCUGGGAAUAGCCGUUGCUAACCAGGCUCCACCUUAUAAUGGCGAAGGAGGAGGAGGUGGAGGAGGAAGUGGGACAGGAGGAGGAGGAGGAGGAGGAAGUGGGACAGGAGGAGGAGGAGGCGGUAGUGGAGGCGGCGGUGGAGGAGGCAGCAGUGGAGGAGGCGGCAGUGGAGGAGGCGGCAGUGGAGGAGGCGGCAGUGGAGGAGGAGGUGGAGGAUCGUGGUUUGGUGGUGGAGGUUCUACAGGGAAACCUAUGAAGACCUACCCAGUGAAGAUCGCUGUGAAGAACCAGCCAGAGGGGCCACGGUUUGACCCCAAGGUCAAGGCUAUCCCCAUCUCAGAGGGAGGAGACUUCAACAUCAACAAGGUGAUCGGCUCCUACCAUGCCAUCGACGGAGACACACUAAUGCCUGCACAGAACGUCAGGUAUGCUAAGGGCUCUGACCCAGACAACUGGCUGACCAUUGAUGAGUUGACUGGGGAUAUUAAACUCAAUAAGAUGCCUGACAGAGAGUCCAAGUUCUUGGUCAACGGGACAUACUACGCCAAAGUUCUCUGCAUGACCCAAGACAUGCCCUCUAAGACAGCCACGGGUAUGGUAGCCAUCCAAGUAGAGGACUUGAACGACCACUGCCCCACGCUUACUAGUAAAGUUCAGACCAUGUGUAUGACAGCCGAUGCCAUUACCGUGACUGCAGUGGACAAGGAUGCGUUCCCCAACGGAGCCCCCUUCACCUUCACCAUCAUCCCAGAGGGAACAGAGGGAGUGUGGGUGGUCGAGCACCUAAACGACACCUCGACCAUCCUGAGGUCCCAAAAGGAUUUGUGGCCGGGCUCCUACGCAGUUGCCAUGGAGAUCCGCGACCAGCAGGGACACGCGUGUCCUGACUUGCAGAAGCUAAAGGUAGAUGUCUGCACGUGUGCGGACAAAGGGAAGGCAUGCGCGACGCGAGGAGUUAAGGGCUCUACUGGGGCGGUUCUAGGGCCUGCAGCAAUUGGACUGCUCUUCCUGGGUCUGCUGACGCUACUGCUAAUCCCUCUCCUGCUGUUGUUCUGUACGUGUGGGGGUGCCGGAGGUCUUCCUGGGGGCUUCACUGAGAUGCCCUUUGACGCCAAGGCACAACUUAUAUCCUACCACACUGAGGGACAGGGGGAGAACACGGAAGUACCUCUGCUGAACACACCAGUUCAGGUCGACACAGGAAGGGUCAAAAUGGUCAAUGCGGGAACCAUUGCAGCAACGGCCGGAGGGGCGGGGCUAAUGAUAGGUGGUGGUCAGUUCCAGAACUCCUCCUCCACGAUGGGUGGUGGAUUCUACCAAUCAGACGGCCUUAUGGAUAUUGGAUAUAAUAAUGGAGGAGAGAUAAUCGGCCAUGGGAAUGGAGGGGGCUUUUAUUCUGAGUAUGAGAGCAGAGAAGGAGGAGGAGCCUAUGAAGGCAUCGCCCUGCCUGAUCACUACCUGGAGGAGUACUACUCUCAGAAAGCUCACUGUGCAGCUGAAAACCACGUCCAGAAGGACAGUAUGUUGGUGUAUGACUACGAGGGCCAGGGCUCUCCUGUGGGCUCGGUGGGAUGCUGCAGCCUUCUGGAAUCUGACAACGACCUCCAGUUCCUCCAGGACCUAGGGCCAAAGUUCAAGACCCUGGCCGAGGUGUGCCGCGGAGAGAGGUUCCAAACCGAAGUCUCUGCGCCUCUGCCACCCAGACCCAUCAUCUCCAUGCCAACAGCAGCCAGCAGUGUGACGACCAAUGUGGCGUCCAGACUGGUUUCCGCCGCCCCGGUCCCAGCACCAGCCCCAGCCCCAGCCUCAGCCCCAGCACCAGCCCCAGCACCAGCCCCAGCACCGCCCCCUGCCCCGGCCCAGGUGACACACGUUGAGAGGGCUGUGGUGAGGGAGUCAGAUCGUUUGUCUACUCUGAGGCAGGACAUGGUGGGAGGAAGCCAGGGCCAGACCUUCCUACUGCAGCAACAGCCUAUGUACUACACCACCAUGCAGCCUAUGAUGCAGCCCGUGGUGCAGCAGAUGCACUAUGUAGUGGAGCAACAGGUUCCCAACAUACAGGGCAUGAUAAUGGUCAACGGGCCUCCGUCAGGCUCGGCCCAGGGCCUAGUGCUGCAAGGGCAACAGGUGGUGACCGGUACCCAGGCUCAGGGCACGCUUGGCAGGGGAGAGGGAGGCCUGAUCCAUAUGGGGAACAUGUCUGGUUCUCAGGGUAUGAUGGUGGUGGAUGGGCCGGUGAUGCAGGGGGGGCAGAUGUUCCAAGGGGGCAAAUGCUGCAGGGGGCAGGUUUUUCAGGGAGGGCAAGUUCUUCAGGGGGGGCAGUUGGUACAAGGGGGUCAGGUCCUUCAGGGGGGUCAGGCCUGGCUGCAGCAGAGUAGCUCCCUGCAGCGAGGGGGCUUAUCAGGGUCACAGAGCAUGCUGGUGAUGGAGGGACAGGGGGGUAUCAGCGGAGGUAGUGGGGUGCAGAAAGGCCAGGGAGGGGUGUUAGGGUUCUCCCAGGGGUCCAUGCAGAGGAACGGCCUCUCUGGCUCACACAGAGUCCUCUACACCACAGAGCAGAGCUCAGCCACAGAGUCCAGCGCAGGCUCACAGAGCGGCGUUGUAGGAUUGAACGGGUUCUCUAGCAAGGUCAGCGUAGGCCCCGCAUCCUCCUCCCGCAAGGCGGUGAUAGAGAAAAGAGUUGUGACCAACCAGAGCACCAGUAAAUAA